AACCAGGUGUUCUGAGCAUUAACCUGCCGGUUGCGGGCAGCCUCACUCUGCGAUCUCUUCCUCUCUCCAGGGCCCCGGAAGACCGCAAGGGAGCAGCGCGGUUUUUUCUUCCUGGAAGUUCAGCAGAGUCGGACUUCUUUGCGAAUCCGGACGGGACCAGCACCGGAGGCGCCACCUCAGCUACUUAGCGAACAGCGGGUGGAGGGGGAUGGCGCUGCACCGGGCGCCCCUCUUGCUCUUGGGAACUGUGCUGGGGUCCUUCGUGCCUGGGGCUUUGUGCGGCGCUCCCUCACACUCCCUGUGCUACUUCUACCUGCGACUCUCAGAGCCCAGCCAGGGGCUGCCCCAGUUCUUCAUUAGGAGCUACUUGGAUGACCAGCCCAUCGCUCGCUAUGACAGCCUCACCAGGAAGACGGAGCCUCUGGUGCCCUGGAUGGAGGAGGAGGAGAAAGAGACAUUUCUGGCCCUUGAGUGGGUCUUCAGGGCUGACCUGGAGAAGUUAUCAAAACUGGACCACCAUGUUGCAGGUGAGCAGAGGCAGUGCCAUCAAUGCCUGCUGAAGAGGAGAGAAGACCCCAAUCCCGGGCUUCACACCUGGCAGGUGAUUUUGGGCUGUGAGCUCAGGGAAGAUGGGAGCAAAAGAGGCUAUUUCCACUAUGGCUACGAUGGGAUGGACUUCCUCAGCUUUGAUAAGGAGACCCUCAGAUGGGUGACAGCUCAGCCCCAGGCCCAGAAGGUCAAGCAGAAGUGGGAGAAGGAUCCAGGGUGGUCUGAGAGAAAUAAAGUCUUCCUGGAGAAGACCUGCGUUGUGUGGCUGCAGAGAUACCUGUCCUACCAGAAGGAGGCUCCACAGAAAAUUGAGCGCCCAGUUGGGAAGGUGACCCGCAAGGUGGUCAAUGACAGCCUGGAGGUCCUCAUCUGCCAGGCCUUUGGAUUCUACCCCAAGAAGAUCCAGGCCACCUGGACGAGGGACGGAGAGGCCUGCGAGUAUGAGACCCUCCCUGGGAACGUGGCCCCCAACUCAGACAGGACCUAUUAUGUCUGGCUCAGCAUUGAGAUCGACCCCAAGGAGAGGGACCGUUUUCAGUGUCACCUGGAGCAUGAGAGCUUGCAGGAGCCCUUGGUCUUGACCUGGAAAGAGGAAACAGGUGAGAGACUGAGGGGAUGUGACAUGCAGAAAUAG